CAGCGCAGUCGCUCGCCGCAGAAGUCCAAAUUCCCUCUCCUCGAUCUGCCGCUGGAGCUGAGACAGCAGAUACUCGGUUAUUUGCUACCUAGAACGAUCGAGAAGUCGAGUACGAAUCCGCUUGCCAACCAUGCUCGUAACUUCAGUGCCGUCAGGAAGAGAGAGGCUAGAGGAAUGAUCGUGCCCAAGAGCAGUCCAUUGCAGGCCGGCCCAAAGACAGUGAUGUGGCGAAGGGGAAACAUCAGCCUUCUCAUGGUCUGCCGGCAGCUCCAUGAUGAAUGCGCAGAGCUCUUGUAUGGCGGCAAUACGUUCCUGCUAUUCACGACAUACAAUGGCACGACCUUUCGGUUCAAUUGGUUGCUGGACACCGGGAUGGCCCCGACGCGACAUUUGCCAUUUCUAGAGCUCCUGUCUGGAAAGUACAUGUCUCUCAUACGAAGAGUCAUUGUGAAUGUUGAUCAUGUCGACAGCUAUACGGGCAUGAUUAAGUACAACGUGUCUGGGAAAGGCCUAACUCACGGCAUACGCAAGCAAGUACAACGUCUUGUCAAUGCUUUG